AUAUGCUUCAGUUGUUUAGCUCAGACUGAGUUGCACAUUCAAAUUACACCAACAAUAGAUUCAAAGAAAAGAAAGAAGAAGCAAUAUGUACUACAAGGUAGCAAAUGCAUCAGAAUAUCUGGUCAUCACUGGUGUUGGCAUCCACGACAUAAAGCUAGCCAAGAAGGCAUGGAUUCUCCCUGGUCAGUCUUACACCGUUUUCGACCUCUCCCCCGUUAACUACACCUUCGAAGUCCAAGCCAUGAGCGCCGAGAAGCUUCCCUUUGUCCUCCCUGCUGUUUUCACUAUUGGGCCCCGUGUCGAUGAUACGCCCAGUCUCCUCAAGUAUGCCAAGCUUAUCUCUCCUCACGACAAGCUCUCUAACCAUGUAAAAGAGCUCGUACAAGGAAUCAUCGAAGGCGAAACAAGGGUCCUUGCUGCUUCUAUGACCAUGGAGGAGAUUUUCAAAGGAACCAAAGAGUUCAAACUCGAGGUUUUUGAGAAAGUCCAGCUUGAACUCAACCAGUUUGGACUUUUGAUUUACAACGCUAAUGUUAAGCAGCUUGUGGAUGUCCCUGGCCACGAGUACUUCUCUUACUUGGGUCAAAAGACACAAAUGGAAGCUGCUAAUCAGGCCAAAGUGGAUGUUGCAGAGGCCAGAAUGAAGGGGGAGAUCGGGUCCAAGCUACGGGAGGGCCAAACACUUCAAAACGCCGCCAGAAUCGAUGCGGAGACCAAGAUUAUAUCCACGCAGCGGCAAGGAGAGGGGAAGAAGCAGGAGAUAAAGGUAAAGACUGAGGUGAAGGUUUAUGAGAAUCAAAGAGAAGCUGAGAUAGCUGAGGCAAACGCAGAUUUGGCAAAGAAGAAGGCAAGUUGGGCUAAGGAAGCGCAAGUGGCGGAGGUGGAAUCAGCCAAGGCUGUUGCGUUGAGGGAAGCUGAGUUGCAACAAGAGGUGGAGAGGAUGAACGCUUUGACCAGGACUGAGAAGCUCAAGGCUGAGUUUCUUAGCCAAGCAAGUGUUGAGUACGAUACCAAGGUACAAGAAGCAAAUUGGGAGCUGUACCAAAAACAGAAACAAGCAGAGGCAAUUCUGUAUGAGAAGGAAAAAGAGGCAGCAGGGCAAAAGGCAAUAGCAGAUGCAACAUUUUAUGGUCGUCAAAGGGUUGCGGAUGUAGAACUGUAUGCAAAGCAGAAAGAGGCGGAAGGGCUUAUGGCACUGGCACAAGCCCAAGGUGUUUAUCUACGAACACUUUUAGAGGCAUUGGGCGGCAAUUAUGCUGCCCUAAGGGAUUACUUGAUGAUCAAUGGUGGAAUGUUUCAAGAGAUUGCUAAGAUCAACGCUGAAGCCGUGCGGGGACUUCAGCCUAAGAUUAGCAUUUGGACUAACGGUGGUGGAGAAGCAAUUGAUGGUAAUGGAAGCAACGCAAUGAAGGAGGUUGCUGGUGUUUAUCGGAUGCUGCCGCCCUUGUUUAAGACGGUGCACGAGCAAACUGGAAUGCUUCCGCCUCCCUGGAUGGGCACAUUGCCGGACCCAAAAAAAGCUACCACCGAUUAAACAAGCAAAUCGUCUAAUCACGCUUUGCCAUGCACUUCCUUGUUUUGGUUUUAAAGUAUUUUGCCUUGGCUUUACAUAUACGGUGUUGAUAUAAUCGUACAAAGUUAUUGGUUUGGCUA